AUGGCUUCAGCUGCUGUAUCUACCCCCCUCAAGUCCCAUGCGGGACUAUUCUCCUCCCGAACCGCUGGCGGUCGCAUGCCCUUGACCCCUUCUCCACGCCAACGCCAAGCCACAGCGCCGGUGUCCCAGAACCUGGAUUCGUCUCCAUUCACACCCGAGAGAAAGUCAGCCGACAUAAGCCGUCCGUCCAGCAAGUCAGUCUACGGAGGAAACCUGUCUUCGCACUUCGCCAAGGCCAGCUCCAGAUCAUCACACCGUGACUCUCCCAAGUCUAAUAUCGCCCGCGGUGUCUGCACUCCCCGCAAGGCCCUCGAGCUCGGCGUCUCCGACUUCACACUCGUUGGCACCGGAAAUACCAAGAGCUCAUCAUCCAAGAAGACGUCCCUGAGACAGAAGACAAGCAAGACGACUGUUACCUACGGCGCUGAUCGCUUCAUCCCCAACCGCAGCAACAGCUCCGCCAUUUCUAACGCCGGAUCCGGCAAGCUCGAUGUCACGGACAAGCAACGUGCCAAGACCAGCAACACUGAAGGCUCCGCCGUCUUGUCUUCUGCCACGGAUGAUGCCAUUGCGGCCCUGGAGGGCCUCAACAUCAACGACGAGGAAGGUGCCACAUACUCUCGCCCAUCCCCCAAUACUAUCGCAUACCAAGACUCGCUGGCCAAUGCCUGCGGAGUCAACCUGAACACCCGCAUCCUCCAGUUCAAGCCCGCGCCCCCGGAGUCUUCUAAGCCUAUUGAUCUCCGACAGCAGUACAACCGUCCUCUGAAAUCUGCCAACACUAGUUCGGCCCAGUUCAGACGUCGUGUAGCGACUGCUCCCGAGCGCGUCCUGGACGCGCCCGGCCUCAUUGAUGACUAUUACCUGAACCUUCUUGACUGGAGUUCCGGCAACCAAGUCGCCAUUGGUCUCGAGAGAAACGUCUAUGUCUGGUCUGCCGACGAGGGCUCUGUCAGCUGCUUGUUGGAGACGAGCCCAGACACGUACGUCAGCAGCGUUAAGUGGUCUGGCGACGGUGCAUAUGUUGGUGUCGGCCUUGGCACGGGCGAGGUCCAGAUCUGGGAUGUUGCCGAGGGCCAGAAGGUCCGCAGCAUGUUCGGCCAUGAUACGCGCGUCGGUGUCAUGGGCUGGAACAAGCAUCUCCUGUCCACUGGUGCCCGCAGUGGCCUCGUGUACAACCACGAUGUUCGCAUUGCCGAGCACAAGGUCGCUGAGCUGGUCUCCCACACUUCCGAGGUUUGCGGCCUCGAGUGGCGUUCGGACGGCGCUCAGCUUGCCACUGGUGGCAAUGACAACUUGGUCUCCAUCUGGGAUGCUCGGUCCCUGGCCGUGCCCAAGUUCACCAAGACCAACCACAAGGCUGCCGUCAAGGCUCUAGCUUGGUGUCCGUGGAACGCCAACCUGCUUGCUACCGGUGGAGGCUCAUACGAUCGUCAUAUCCACUUCUGGAACACCACCUCGGGUGCUCGUGUCAAUAGCAUCGACACUGGUUCGCAGGUCACCAGCUUGCGCUGGAGCACCGCAUACAAGGAGAUUGUCAGCUCCAGCGGCUUCCCUGAUAACUCUCUCAGCAUCUGGAGCUAUCCCACCCUGGUUCGCAAUGUGGAGAUUCCGGCGCACGAGAGCAGAGUGCUGCACAGCUGCCUCAGCCCCGACGGACAAAUGCUUGCAACUGCUGCUGCCGACGAAAGCUUGAAGUUUUGGAAGGUCUUCGAGAAGAAGGCAGGUUCUGCUGCCGGUGUUGGUGCCAGUGGUUCCUCAGGCAAGGCGGAAAUGGCCAAGCAGAUGACGAUCCGAUAA